GUCGUCGUCGGGGUACGCACGCACGCACGCCGAGCAGCGCACUUUGGCUCCGGAUUCAGUGCGUUUUCUGUCGACUGUUCUUCGAGGCGUCGGCAUUUCGUCGCCAUCAGUCAAUCGUAGAAGCCGCACGAUUUUUCGUACCCUCAGCAGCAACUCACCAGCGCUUUUCGUAUUUAUUACAACAACUCUCUACGUAACGCAUCCGCCGUGUGUCGCGUGUGUGUUUUUCUGUGCCUCAAACCUGUUGUUCUGUGUGUCCUCCGUGCCAGUUUUUCGCCAUUAUUUGUUUCCGGUGUGUGGUUUUUUUUUUUGGAGUUUUUCUGUGUUGUCUACUGCAAGAUCCCCCCGGUGUGUGGUGCGUCUCCAUGCAACAAACCCUUAAGCCGGACACCGCGUGCUCUGGUAGUGGAGUGUGUUGAGCAGACAGUUGCGCUGCCGUCGGGAAAACGGAGAUUUGACGGGCGAGAAGUGAUGAUGUUCAGCGGUACGAGCGCGCACCGUGCGACCACCGCACUCACAUCAUCCUCAUCACUAUUCUAUGAUGUGCCAGAAUUUUAGAACUAAUAACACAACAAUAAAAUAAGUGAAACGAUUGUGCCUUCAAUUGCAAUAGUAUCUCUACGUGUGCGUAUGUGUACCGUGCAAAACUAGCCGCCAAUAAUAACAGAGUAACCACAGAGAGAGAGAGAGAGAAAAGAAGUGCCUUCUACUGAUUAUACUGUAUUCUGUUUGCGUUUAUAAAACUCCGUGAUCGUGUUUGGUGUGGGAUUAAGAAAAGGAAAGGGAGUUCUGGCCACUAAUUUCGUGCGUGUAACUUUCGUGUGAGUUUGCGCUUGAAUGUGCAGGAAUCACGAACUGGUGUCAGCAUCCAAGUGCAGCAGUAGCAGUAACGACAGCAACAACAACAAAGUCAUGGCCCACGGUGUUGGAGGUCUUGUCAUGGGAAUGAUGAUGGGAAUGAAGAGUGAAGCAGCAGCAGCAGCAGCAGCAGCAGCGGCCGCAGCCGCAGCCGUGGCUGGCAAAGUAUCGUCCUCACAUCCGAGCGCCACAUCGACGAUGCGAUCGGCAGGACCCCCACCGGCCCCGUCACCGUCGUCCUCGUCGGCAGGAGGAAAUAGUAACAACAACCACCACAAUGCCAAGAUGGGCUCCCGGCGGAUUUUUACGCCCCAGUUCAAGCUACAGGUACUCGACUCGUACCGGAACGAUGGCGAUUGCAAGGGUAACCAGCGAGCGACGGCCCGCAAGUACGGCAUUCACCGACGGCAGAUACAGAAGUGGCUGCAGGUGGAAUCGAACCUGCGUUCCGUUGUGGCCAACGGUGGCAGUGCCGUCGGUUCGGCAGCCGGCGGUAGCAACAGCAGCAGUGGCCACACCACCGCCACCUCCGGAGGAAGCGCCUCAUCAUCUGCUUCCUCGUCCGUUGCGUCGUCACCCUGCUCUCCGGUUGCAGCGGCGACGGCUGCCGGUGGUGGUGCAUCGAUGAAAAUAAAUCUUCUUAAUCAUCAUCACCACCACCCACAUGUGGCGCUGUCGCACCACCACCACCACCACCACCUCCCUCACCAUCCGCACCCGCAUCAUCAUCCGCUGCUGCACCCGAUGGCGCUCUCGCAUCAUCAUCAUCCGCAUCAUCCCAUUGCGGCGAUGCACUAUCAGCAUCAUCUGCAGGCGCCACCGCACCACCAUCAGGGUUUAACGAUGGCCGGGUUGCCAGCAGCGAGCUAUCAUCAUCACCAGCAUCAGCAGCAGCAGCAGCAGCAACACCAUCACCACAUACUGCCACAGCAACAGCAGCAGCAGCACCAGUUGGCGUUCCAUCAGCCACCGUUACCGCCACCACCACCAUCGUCCGGUGCUGGACUGGCCGUGGACAGCAGCAGCAGCAGCAGCGCGGCCAGACACCGCGUCGCGUCUCGCGGCGGUAAUGGUGCCGCCGGCGUUGGCGCUUCAUGUAGCGUGUCGUCGUCGUCGUCGUUGGCGUCGCCCGUCCAAACCCACACAAACCAGGCACGGCCGACCAGCUCAGCAGCAGCAGCAGCAAUACCUGUUUCGUCGUGUUCGCCCCUCUCGGUCGCUUCCUCCGUUGGUGGCGUUUCCUCGUCCUCGUCGUCGGUAUCAUCCGCGGUGUCCGCUUUGUCACCAGCUUCGCUCGCGGUGGUGCGUUCACCGUCGUCAACCAGUCUGCUGCCAUCGUUGCGUUCACAUGACGACGAGUCGCCCGUGCUGCCAUCUGGUGUUGGUGCGUCGUCGCCAUCGUUGAUCUUCUCGCCCGUUCCGUUGCUAGCAGCAGCAGCAACAGCAACAGCAACAGCCAACGGCGCUGGUGCUGGUAGCACUAGUGAGCAUGGUGCGGCCGCCGCCUACUACAACCAGUACUAUAGCCACUUCCGUGCGGCGGUUGCAGCGGCCGCCGUCAUACAACGCACCGACCAUCCGAUCGACUUGUCCCGUCCGUCGACACAUGAUCAUCAUGCGCAUCAAUUGGCAUCAGCUCCGUCGUCACCUGCAACAGCAGUGCGACAACCAUCGCCAGCCAUCUCAUCACACGACGGUGGUGAACAGACGGUCACAGUUGGUUCCGAUCACGAGGAGGAGAUCAGUGUUGUCGAGGAAGAUGAUGAACAUGAGGCGAAAGUGGCCGCGGCAGCGGCAGCAGCAGCAGCAACAGACAGACUGCAUCCCGGGUGCAACGAUCGCGAAAUGGAAGAGGAAGAGGAAGCUUGGGAUCUCUCCUGUCGGAACCGGGCUGAUCUGAAACGAUCCUACUCCGCCAUGCUGCAGACCAGCAGCAGCAGCAACAGCAAUACCGCCAGCAACGGUGGAUUGGCCGAUGCCAGUGAAACAAGCCGGCCACCCAAAUCGAUCAAGCUCUUCAAACCAUACCUGUUGGAUGAUGAGGUUGAAGGACGGAAUGGGGACGAGCAGCAGCAGGAGCAGGAGCAGCAGAACCGUCGCCGGCAACGCCGUGACUCGGCGCUGGUCGUUGAUGACGAUAAAGACUCGACGCGUGAAUCGCCUGCCAUCAGCGAGGAGCGCCAUCAUCAGCACUCCUCCACGCUUCAUGCGUAUCCAAUCAUCUGGAGCAACAGUAACGCCACGUCAUCACCGGUUUACUACGAGCAUCCGCUCUAUCCGUCGGUGCCGUCAUCGCUCACCGGUGGAGCACCACCAACGGCAGCAUCAGCAACGGUGGUAGCGCUCACUACUACCGACGUUGGUGAUGGAGAGCGUAUUCGCGGGUGGACCUCACCGCAGGCCUCGCCGGUGUCGGGCUACGAUAGCUCCACCUCGAUCUCCUCCGUGUACAGUGGACCGGAAGAGGAUACCAUCAUCACCUCGAGCAGCAGCAGCAGCAGCAGCAGCAUCAUCAGCAGCAGCGGCAACAGCGUGACAGCUAAUGGCAGCAGAAGAGGUGACGAUGAUGGUGGUGAUACUGCUGGUAAGCAGCAGCACCGCGAGGAUGAAGACGUUCUGAAGCAGCAAGCCAUCGAGAGCUUCUAUCACGAUGUGGCCUGCCGUGGGGAUUACCGUGCCGUGGCCAACAAGUACAACAUCAGUCGCAAGUACGUGGAGAAGUGGCUGCAACAGAAGCCGGAAACUGACGAUCACCACCACCACCACCAUCGCCACCAUCAUCACCAUCAUCAUCAGCACCGUCAUCAUCCGACGGGUGGAGUUUCCCGGGGAGCACCGCAACCACCACCUCCUCCAUCGCUAGUCGUUGGUUAGAUUCUCAGUAAGUUAGUUUAGCCACAAGCACACACACACACGUGUGUGCACGAUCGCGAUCAUCAUUGUCUUCGGAGGCCAUUUUUUUUUAGUGUGUAGUUUGUUAUAGUUUAACUGGAUUGUGAUAUAUUUCAAAUAUGUUUUUUUGGUCAAAUAAUCCGCGUAACAACAGAGAAGGAGAGAGAGAAAGAGAGCGACAGACAGUGAGGGAUCGAGAGGAUGGAAUAGAACGAAGAAGAGUUCUCCUCCUGGGAGAAGGAUAUAGGAUAGAAGCCGCCGAGAACAACACACGAGCAGGACUUGUGGUGUGUACUUCAGCUUGUCCCUCGAUCAAAAGCCAUACCCGGGGAGGUUGAAUGUGUGCUGCUUUCACACAUUAUUAGACCCUAGGAUUUCUCUCUCUCUCUCCCUCUCCCCGUCUCGAGAUAUAUCCUCCCGUGCGUCGCGUCAGGUAGUAGCAAUGAAACGCAUCUUCUUAAGCACCGGGAAUCCCCACUUUACGCAGGUGCGCGCAAUGCACCGGUUUGGGUGCCAUAAGGAGGAGAUGGAAGUGAGAGAAGAGAAGCGCGUAUCAUCAUCAGGAGCUAGGAGGAGAUCAUCUCAGGGGAUAUGUUAUUGGGAGCGCCAAAGCCCUCUGCAUCAGCACCACCGGUGUCUCUGCUGCUGCUGCUAUGUUUCUAUUGCAGGUCAGGUAUUCAAGGCAACUGAUUGGCUUCACUGGGAGGAGGGACACUGGGUAGGUGUUGAGCCAAACCUUUUGCCACCUUUUACGGCAGCAUAUUUAAUGAGACAUACACACCACAUAUUUCGGGUGGCGUUUUGAGUGAGGGCCUCUUUCGCACCUUUUUUUUCGUGAGCGGGAAAUUCCCAUUGCUCGCGGCCAAGAACUGGGAGAAGCGCAGCCCCUAAUCCUUCGCGCAUCCUUGCUGUGGAAAGUGUACUCGAAUGAACCCUGGAGAGGUACCGAUAGAGAGGGAACACGGCGGCAGGAUCAUUGAUAUGUUGGUGUGUGGCCCCCUUUUUUGUCGCAUAAUCAUAACCACAGCGGGGCCACAUUGUCUGAGGUUCUGAUCACCUGCGGCGCAGUAUGUGCGCACCACCUCCUCAAGUGCGAGUGGUUUUAUGUUUCCCCCCUUUUUUUUUAAGUUGCGCUUUUAAAAGCUGCCACCUCAUCAUUAUUGAGGAGAACGUUCUAUUAUUAGUUCACGAGCGGCGGCGACCACACCGCCGCGAUGAUGACA